GGGGAGCUUCCCAAGAAGAACCGGACUAGGAAGGGCAAAAGACCCCAGACUUUGGAGGAAAACAUCUAAGUAAGCAACCGGCAAAAUGGAGACGAUUUCCUUCAAUGGAGAUCUCUCUGAUCUCUUCUCACUUUACAACUACACCUAUGACUACAGCACUGCAAUGCCCGACACUGCUAUCUCCUCCUCCCCAUGUCGGCCUGAUAGCUCUGUCCUCAAUAAGUACCUGGUGGUUGUGAUUUAUUGCCUCGUCUUCCUCCUCAGUGUGGUGGGGAAUGGACUGGUAGUGUUGGUGGUGACCUCCAGCCAAACAAACCGCUCUGUCACUGAUGUCUACCUGCUCAACCUGGCUGUGGCAGACCUGCUUUUCGCUCUCAGUCUGCCACUCUGGGCUGCCUACCGGGCCCAUGAAUGGGUUUUCGGCACCGUGAUGUGCAAGGCCAUCUCUGUGCUGCAGGAGGCCAACUUCUACAGCGGCAUCCUGCUGCUGGCCUGCAUCAGUGUGGACCGCUACCUGGCCAUCGUUUAUGCCACCCGGGCAGCCACUGAGAAGAGGCAUUGGGUUAAGUUUGUCUGCUUGGGCAUCUGGGUCUUCUCCAUCCUGCUCUCCCUGCCUGUUCUUCUCUUCCGAGAGGCCUUCACCUCACCCAGCAAUGGCACGGUAUGCUAUGAGCGCAUUGGUGGUGAGGACACAGCCAAGUGGCGAGUGGUGCUGCGGGUCCUCCCGCAAACCUUUGGCUUCGCGGUGCCUCUCCUGGUGAUGCUCUUCUGCUACGGUGUCACCGUGCACACCCUCCUCCAGACCAAGAAUGCCCAGAAGCAACGGGCCAUGAAGGUCAUCCUGGCUGUGGUGCUGGUCUUCCUCAUUUGCUGGCUGCCGUACAACAUCACCUUGGUGAGCGACACCCUCAUGAGGACUCGGGCCAUUGCCGAGACGUGCGAGAGGAGGAACCGCAUCGACACAGCCCUCUCUGUCACCCAAGUCCUGGGUUUCGCCCACAGCUGCAUCAACCCCAUCAUCUAUGCCUUCAUUGGGCAGAAGUUUCGCAACAGCUUCCUCAAGAUCCUGGCCCAGCGUGGGCUAAUCAGCAAGGAUGCUGUGGCCCGCUACGGCCGCAGCUCUUUUGCCUCCUCCUCUGCCAACACCUCCACCACCCUCUGA